GGAACUAUUAUUAUUCACAGAAAUAUGAAUUCCUCCAUUGGAAACAACCCCGUAAAAUCCUGUCCACCACCCAAAAAUAAAUCACCAAGGAAACUGGAAACUAGCUUCCGCCACCCUUAACACAGAGACCCAAAUUCACAAAAAAAGCUGUCAUUUGCAGUUAUGCCUUUUAAUGCAAGCUGACAGAAGUUGUUGAAAUUAGGGCCUCAUGUUGAGCUCCCACUCUCUCUCUCACCGCCCUAUUCUUGCACCUUCUCUCUCCAAAUUUCGGGUUCCCAACCGCCCCCCUACCUUUUCUUUAUCCCGGAUCUUUGAACACAAUCCCAGGCUCACCAAGAGCAAAUGGAAAAUUUCAUGCUUUAGGCAUGAGGGGUUUUCCCCAGAGAAUCCAAAACCUGAAUACAUUGAACAUUUUCUGCCUGAAGAAUUAGUGCAAACUGAGUUAUAUAAGUCAAGUGCUCACAGAAGAGAUUGGAAAUCUACUCUUAAAGAGGUGGCUGCUGAUGCUGUCUCGAGGGCUGUUGGUAGCGGGUGGACUGUACCAUGGACAGCAGAGACUAUUCUGCAGGUUAUGCUUCUUUGGGUAGCUGCAUUUUGGUUCAUUGGGUCUUGGAUGAUUCCUUUUGCAGCUCACAUGGCAGGCUUCAGCAAGGAAUCUCUAACAUUCAAAGGACAAGCCUUGUUCAGCCUUGUGACUGAUGUAACUGAAGGCCUUGCUGGGAUUGCAAUACUACAUCGGUGUCUGUCUCACUUUCAUCCCCUUCCAUCAGAUUGGUUUAAAUUUAGCUUGAGAGGGAAGUGGCUCUUUGAUGUUGCUCUAGGAUGCCUCAUGUUCCCUUUCGUCAACCAAUUAUCUCAGUUCAAUCUGACCUUGUUGCCCCUUAUGCCUUCUACACCUGUAACCCUUUCAAGUGUUGAACAGUCAAUUUUAGCAAGAGAUCCAGUAGCCAUGGCACUAUAUGCGAUAGUUGUUUCGAUUUGUGCUCCUGUGUGGGAGGAGAUAGUUUUUCGAGGUUUCCUUCUCCCUUCCUUGACCAGAUACAUGCCUGUAUGGAGUGCAAUACUGGUAAGUUCAGUUGCCUUUGCUCUGGCACAUUUUAAUGUACAGAGAAUGUUGCCGCUUAUUUUCCUAGGAAUGGUGAUGGGUGUUGUUUUUGCACGGUCGAGGAAUCUAUUGCCAUCUAUGCUUCUGCACAGCCUCUGGAAUGGCUUUGUGUUCUUGGAUUUAAUGAGAUAAUCAAUCUUGUCUUCUCAUGUUAGCUUUGGCUGAUCCAGUGCUAGUGAAGCAUAUGCGUCAGGCCAAUUUUCUGGGGUAUGCUUGUUACAGUAUAUUCUUGAUUGAAUGAAUGCCUAGGAAUUUACAGGUCUCCAACUGAAUGGUACAAGCAACACGAAUGCGAUUCAGUUGAUCCAACAUGGCUCCACAGAACUGCUCCACUGUUUCUGUUUGUCCACUAUACCAGGGACAUUAAAAGCAACCGAACGGAAUGAAGAUUGCAUGUCCAUUUUGGCCAAAGGCAGCCUUCAAUCUUGGAACUGUAAAACUGCAAAUUUGAAUUGUUAGAUGAGGACUCUUUCUUUAUGGUAGAUAAUAAUUCUUGCUUUUCCA